UCUCUCUUAUCCCAUAAAAAGCCCAUACCGCCUCACAAAAAUCUCUCUCUAUCUUUUAGCGCAACCCUUCUCGUUUUAGGGUUCAUAUUUUUCUAGGGUUUUUUGAGAUCUUCUACCUCUUUGAUUAUCCGAAGAUGAUGCAACCAACAGCUGGUGUGGUUCCACCUCCAAUGGCUCCGAUGCCUGUGGAUCAACAACAACAUCAGUACCAACAGCCACAGCAGCCUCAGCCGUGGAUGAUGAUGCCACAACAUCCUCAACAACCACCACAGCAAUAUCCCCAACCGGUUUGGGCUCAGCAGCCUCCGCAGGCAGCGAUGCCGCCUCAGCAACCUCAGACGCAGCUGUCUCAGCAGUAUUCGGCUGCUCAGACAGCUGGCUCCAACGAGAUUCGAUCGCUUUGGAUUGGGGACCUGCUGUACUGGAUGGAUGAGAACUAUCUUUCCACAUGUUUCGCUCAAACUGGAGAACAGCUUGCUUCAGUCAAAGUUAUUCGCAAUAAGCAAAGUGGCCAGCCUGAGGGUUAUGGCUUCCUUGAAUUCAGAACUCGUGCAGCAGCAGAAAACGUUUUACAGACAUACAAUGGUACAACUAUGCCAAAUUCUGAACAGAGUUUUAGACUAAACUGGGCUACUCUUGGUGCUGGUGAAAGGCGUGCAGAUGACACUCCUGACUACACAAUUUUUGUUGGAGAUUUGGCUGCUGAUGUUACAGAUUACAUGCUGCAAGAAACAUUCAGAGCUCACUAUCAAUCAGUAAAGGGUGCAAAAGUUGUCACUGAUAGAGUCACAGGACGUUCUAAGGGUUAUGGAUUUGUUAGGUUUGGAGAUGAGAAUGAACAAAUUCGAGCUAUGACUGAAAUGAAUGGAAUGGUCUGUUCUACUAGACCUAUGCGAAUAGGGGCUGCUGCUACUAAGAAACCUAUGGUUGGUCAGCAUUUUCAGAAAGCUUCCUACCAGAAUUCUGAAGGAAACCAGGGCGAGAAUGAUCCAAACAAUACAACAAUAUUUGUUGGUGGUUUGGAUCCUAAUGUUCCGGAUGAGCAUUUGAAACAAGUGUUUGGCCAAUUUGGUGAGCUGGUUCAUGUCAAAAUACCUGCGGGCAAGCGUUGUGGCUUUGUUCAAUUUGUUAACAGAGCCUGUGCUGAGCAAGCUUUAUCGGUUUUGAAUGGUACGCAACUUGGAGGGCAAAAUAUUAGACUUUCAUGGGGGCGUAGUCCUUCAAACAAACAGACUCAGUCGGAUCAGACCCAGUGGAAUGGUGGGUAUUAUGGAUAUGCACAAGGUUACGAUGCAUAUGGUGGAUAUGCGCCCCCUCCUCAAGACCCUACCAUGUACUAUGGAGGAUAUCCUGGCUAUACUAAUUACCAACAGCCACCGCAGUGAUUUGUUGCUGUCUGCGAGAAAGUCUGAGAGCUUGUGCAUCUGGAUUACUCUGAUAUUGUGCAACUAGGCAGGCAGUUUUGGCGUUCAUUGAGCUGGCUGCAAUGUGGUGGUUGUUGGCAGUUAUGUUACAUCAAGGAAUAUAUUUCAUGGCUGCAUAUUACUUCACUUCUAUCUCUCUCUCACUAUCUCUUUUUUUUUUGGGAAACUUCUGUAGUGUUUGAAGGCUAGGCUCUUUUUUCCUCUGGUUUGUAGUCUUGUGGAUCUUGGAUUAUUAUUAUUAUUAUUAUUAUU